AUGGAUCGCAUGGGCUUUCAGAUGCCCCCAAUGGGGGCGCCGCCGAUUAUGAAUCCCCCACCACAGAUCUUUGGCGGUUACGAUGCGAUGCCGAUGCAGCUGCCGCCCGACAUGACGGCGCAUAUGUUUGGCGACCAUGGCACCCUCUUGGACGAUGCCAAUGAGGCCAAGAGGAGGAGAAUCGCAAGGGCUUGCGACAUGUGCAGAAAGAAGAAGAUCAAGUGCGACGGAAAACUCCCAGCAUGCACACAUUGCAUCAAUUACAAGACGGAUUGUGUUUUUACACAAGUAGAGAAAAAGAGGAGUCCGCCUAAGGGUGCCAAAUAUAUCGAGGGUCUCGAGAACCGAUUGGGACGGAUGGAGAGCCUGCUGAGGCUGUCUGGUUUGCUUGGAGAAGACGAUGGCGCCACAGAUCUCGGUACCCUCGAGAAGAGACUGGCGGAGAAGAACCGCGAAUCAAGACAGGCCUCGAUGGCAGCCACUUCGAACCCGACAUCUCCGUCGCAAACGACAUCGGGCCAGGAUGCAUCUACACCUCAGAGCGCUCUGGCAUCCCCGGAGCCCAGGACGGACAAGGACAAGGACGAGCGAAGACCUUCUCUCACACCGGCCAAGAAGGAAGGGGAAGAACAAGAAGUAGAGACGCUAUCAGAAAUGAUGUGCUCCUUGGUCACGAAUAACUCUGGCGAGACCAGAUAUAUUGGGUCCUCGUCUGGAUUCUCCAUCUUCUCGCCCCGUGGAAUUCAAUGGGUGAACGAGACGACAGGUGACAACUCUUUCCAGCAGAUGAUCUCGGAUGUCUCUAUUGACGACCACAAGUGGACGAACUGGAAGCCCGAGGUUUUCCAGGACUUGUUCCGACGGCCAGUAUUUAUUCCUAUCCCUCCCAAGCCCGAGGCCAUGUCGCUUCUCAAGGAUUAUUUUGAGAACUUCAACUGCAUGUUCCCCCUCUUUCACCAGCCCACUUUCAUGCACUUGGUGGAGCGACAGUACUCAAAUGAUCCUUAUGAGGGAUCUGGGUGGUGGGCCAGCUUCAACUGCGCUUUGGCCUUUGCCCACAGACUGCGAGUGAUGAGCAACCUGGUGCCGCAGGAGGAGGACGACAAGGCAUGGAAGUACAUCAAGAAUGCCAUGGGCGUCUUUUCCGAGCUCACGAUGCGAAACACCGAUCUUUUGAGCGUUCAGGCGCUCUUGGCUAUGGCCCUGUUCAUGCAGGGCACGCCAAACCCGCAGCCGACAUUCCUGCUCAUCGCUACGGCCAUCCGAUUGUCACACAGCAUCGGACUUCACAAGCGCGCGACGGGCUUCAACCUUAAUCCUAUUGAGCUUGAGCAGCGGAAGCGCGUUUUCUGGAUAGCGUACAUGCUCGACAAGGAUCUUUGCUUGAGAUCAGGGCGGCCACCGGCCCAGGACGACAACGACAUGAACGUGGAGCUGCCAGAUGCAGAUCCAGAGGACAACAUUGGCAAUAUUCCCUUGGCCGACGGCAAAGGCAAAAUGAACUUGUUCCGAGUCAUGUGCGAGCUCGCUGUCAUUGAGAGCCGCGUUUACAACCGUUUGUACGCGACAAAGGCUACCAAGCAAACGGAUGGCGAACUUCUCAACACCAUCGGCGAGCUGGACCAGGAGCUCGAAGAUUGGAAAGAUAGGAUUCCAAUUGAUUUUAGGCCGGAGCACGAGAUCAAGGCGUCCCACACACCGCUGAUGCUCCACGUUAUCAUUCUGCAUUUCACUUACUAUAAUGCUCUGACGACCAUCCACCGCAUGUCGGUUCAUCACGGCUACUGGAACAGCAGGUUAUCAAACUACGCGAUUCAGGGGCUCAACGCGAAGCCGCUCAACCCUAGGAUCUUCUCGUCGGCGGCUUUGUGUUCAGCUGCGGCAAGGGCCUCGAUAUCACUGCUCAAGUAUAUUCCACAAGGUGACUUGUCGGUCAUAUGGCUCAUCCUUUACUUCCCUGUAUCGGCACACGUCACUUUAUUCGGCAACAUUAUACAAAAUCCUCUGGACCAACGCGCACGCUCGGACGCUCGCCUGAUGAGUGUUGUCGUUCAGUUCCUAUCUACUCUUGGCUCCGAGGCGGAAACAGGUGGUGUACACCGUAUGCUGGCUGUGUGCAACGAAUUUGAGCGGAUCGCCAAGCUGGUCAUCGACAAGGCGGAGAAGGACAAUGCCGGGCGUCGCAAGCGAAAGAAUAACGAAGUCGCCGCCGGCAACAGUAACAAGUCGGGCAACGGUAACAGGGAGCAGCAGUCGACCCCACGGCCGCAGAGUAGCUCCGCGCACACGCCUCGGGCACAGCAUGUCGUAUACACACCAAACGGCAGCCAGAUGUCUCCCGUGCCGACGCAAAGCAACCACAGCACGCCGUACCAUGGCGGUCGGAUGAGUAACCAGUCCAGCCCGGCAAUGACUCCAAACAAUUGGCCGCCGCAGGGCGACUACGUACCGGGCAGUGCAGGCAUGGAAGGCAUGGAGUAUGGCGGGCAUGUCAACUUUGCCGAGAUGACUGGCUUUACGGCGGACAUCAGGCAGAGUGUUCCGCCGGCGUCGGCUUACUUCACACAGCCGCACCUGCCACCCGACCUGUAUUCGCUGCCAGUCAGUCUGGACUGGGACUGGGCCGAGAUGAGCGGUGGCGCUUAUCCCAGUGUCGAAAACGGUGCCGUCGGGGCUAUGGGGCUUGGGCAAGGAGCACAGCCAACUGGGCCGCAGCAUUGA